AUGGAGUGGAAAGCCAGCAGGACCUCUGGGUCUGCGCUUCAGGGACUGGGAACAGAGGGGACCAAGUGCUGCUACUGCAGUUUCUCAGUGGAAUGUGAGGCCCCGGCAGCAGGAGCCGAGGAGCUGGGGGUGUCGGAGUUGGGGGAGACGGAGCUGGGGGAGAUGGAGUUGGGAACGUGGGAAACGGAACUGGGGGAGAUGGACCUGGGGGAGACGGAGCUGGGCAUGUGGGCUGGCCGGGCUCCGGGGCCUCACAGGGCAGCCGGCUGGUGCACUGAACACAGGAACUUCCUGCCGAGGAGGCCACCCAGUGCAGCGAGCACAGCCCGCCUGCGCCCGCCCAUGGGGACCGGCCCGCCUGUGCCCGCCUGUGGGUACCGGCCCUCCGGACACCAUGCUCCUUCCUCGCCCAGCGCCGAGGUUCACCCCUGGGCCCUGAGCCCCUCUCACCCUGCUGCCCCCAGGGUCCUGGCCCUCUGCCAGUUAAUAAAUGCCUGCUGA